AUGUUGAACGACUCGCUAACCAUCAUAAAGCAGCAAACCCUUCUCAUGAAGAAGUGUUUGGACUCCAAGGGCAAAUUGAUGGAUGCAUUGAAACACGCCUCUACCUUUUUGUCGGAAUUGAGAACUUCUGCUCUUACCCCCAAGCACUACUAUGAAUUGUACAUCGUCAUCUACGAUGCACUAGAAUACCUAUCCAACUACUUGAAAGAAAACCAUCCAAACAACCAUCUAUCUGAUCUCUACGAAUUGGUUCAGUAUGCUGGUAAUAUAGUUCCAAGACUAUAUCUCAUGAUCACUGUUGGAACUGUCUACAUGUCUAUACUUAAUGCCCCCAUCAAGGAGAUUAUGAAAGAUAUGAUUGAAAUGUGUCGUGGUGUUCAGCAUCCCAUUAGGGGUUUGUUUUUACGAUACUACUUAUCUCAAAAGACAAAAGACCUAUUGCCCGACAAAUCUAAAGUUUCUGAAAAUACCUCUCUUGAAGAUUCAACAGAAUUCAUUAUUACAAAUUUCAUUGAAAUGAAUAAACUAUGGGUAAGACUCCAACACCAGGGUCAUUCAAGAGAAAGACAAAAAAGAACGAAAGAAAGGCAAGAAUUACAAAUUUUAGUUGGUUCGAAUUUAGUCAGACUAUCCCAACUAGAUGGAAUCGAUAAAUUUUAUUAUAAAAAUGUCAUUUUACCAAGAAUUCUUGAACAAAUUAUCCAAUGCAGAGACUUGAUCGCUCAGGAAUAUUUACUCGAUGUUGUCAUACAAGUUUUCCCUGACGAAUUCCAUUUAUUCACCUUGGAUAUGCUAUUAAAGGCAACGCUAAAUUUAAUUCCCCAAGUCUCUCUUAAAAAGAUUUCUAUUUCUCUAAUGGAUAGAUUGGCAAACUUCAUUCAUAGAGAAGAUGGGAAGCUAAAAAACAAAGAAUCCCAAAAAGAAAAUGGAAAUGAAACGAAAACUGAAAUAGAAACGAAAACUGAAAUAGAAACGAUAACUGAAAAUCAAAAUCAAAAUCAAAAUCAAAAAGAAAAAGAAAAAGAAAAAGAAGAAAAAAUAGAUAAUAAUCAAGUUGAUGCCACUGAAAAAGAAAAAGAAAAAGAAAAUCAAUUUGAUUUGUUUCAAAAAUUUUAUAGCUAUAUUCAAAAACUAGAUGAAUUAAGACCAGACCUAUCUAUCGACGAUAUUACCGCUUUGUUGGAGAAAUUAUGCAAAUUGUCCUUAACCUAUUAUCCAAAAAAUUACAAAAAUAUUGAUACUUUAUUAUUACACACUUUGAAAAGACUUGACGAAUUUAAAGAUACUAGAGAAGCUUCUUCUCCAAUUACAGAACAAAAUCUAAAAAACAUUUUAUUAAUCCCUGUGGACUUUGUCAGCAUAUUUGAAGUUCAUGAACAAAAAUCAAUCAAUUUGGAUUUACUAUUGAAUUUAAAAAACUAUACAAAAUUAUUAGAAAGUCAAUCUCCAAAAGUCCAAUCCUUCAUAUCUCAACAAUUUCUCGAUAAAAUAUUAGAUUACAAGAUGCAACUACAAAAUGAAGAUAUUGUAAACUGCAUUUUCAAUUUAUUAAGCAGUAUUGUUAAUUCAAACUUAUCUAGAAAUAAAAAAUCAAAGAAAUCUUCUUCAACUUCAAAUUCUCUUUUAUUUGCAUUGAUCAAUCAAGAAAAAGUUGCAAAAAUUUUGCAUCUAAUAUAUAAUAAAGAUCCAAUUGAAAACUCAAAGUUACUCUUAGUAGCAUCAAAAUAUCUUUCUAAAGGUGGAAGCAAGAUUAAAUAUACGUAUUCCUCAUUAAUAUUUAAUUUUCUUAAAAUAAUUAGAAGAAAAAUAACUAAAUAUGAAAAGAGAAUAAAUGACUACAAGCGUGAAAUUAAGAAUAUUUUUAAAGGACUAACCAAAUAUAUCAAUGAAUUAUACUCAUUCGGCUCACUAGAAUUGGCUUUGAAAUUAUUGAUCUCAGUGUCCAAUAUAUCAAACGAGAUCAUGAUGAAUGAAUUCACCAAUGAGUUUUUCAUCAAGAUAUUUUCAAUUUAUGAAGAACUAAUUAAUUCCAAACAACAAUACCAAAUAAUCACAGAAUUGAUUAGCGUACUAAUUUUAUAUUAUAAGAAUUUUUAUGUUGAAAGUAAAAAUGACUAUGACAAGGAAAACUAUGAUAAUUUAAUCACUAAAACCGUUCUAUAUUCAGUCAAGUUAUUAAAGAAACCAGAUCAAUGUAGAGCAGUGUAUUUUGCUUCUCAUUUAUGGUUCCAGCCAAACGAUUUUAGCUCAAAAUCUAGUAAGGAGAAAGAAAGAGGAAAGGAAAAAGAGUCCGAUUCUGUUAAUACUGAAAAUGGUGAAAAUACUGAAAAUGGCGCAAAUGUGGGUUCUGUUGGUAGUGCAAGUAUCACAAAUAAUAAAAGGGUGAUGGAAUGUUUACAAAAAUCAUUAAGAAUCUCUGACAGUUGCAUUGAGAGCUCAGUUUCAAUUGAAUUGUUUAUUGAAAUCUUGAACCAGUGUAUUUACUAUUACAUUCAUGGAAAUUUGAUCUCAGCAAAGUACAUCAACGAUUUGAUAGAACUUAUCAAGAAUAAUUUGGAGAAUGUUGAUAUUGAUGAGUUACCAGUCAAUCAUUUUAAGAGGACAUUGAACUAUAUUUCAAGGCAAAAGUUAAUUGAUGAAAGGUUUGAGCUAAUAAGAUAUUAA